AUGACGCACCAGUUCCCAGCCCUCUCCAGUGGUCAGAAGAGGGAGCUCCAGGAGAUUGCCCUUCGUAUCGUCGCUCCAGGGAAGGGCAUCCUGGCUGCUGAUGAGUCUGUGGGUCAGUAAGGAGCUCUGCAUCUUCUCUAUGCACUGGAAAACUGUUGUAAUUAAAAUUAUUAUGCAACAAUCUAAAUGUAUGUAUGGUAUUAGCAAGAACAAUGGGACCUACUUUCAAGAAAUCAGACAAAUGUUUAUUUCCAGUGGUGCUUGACAGAACCCUCUACAAAUCAGUGGUACAGGAUGGUAUCCAAUAGAUUAUUCCGUUUUUAUAAAUGUAGGUUUACCAGACUGUGAACAUGUUUAUUUCUAAUGUUCCUGUAAACAGGCAGCAUGGCGAAGCGCCUCAACCAGAUAGGGGUUGAGAACACUGAGGAGAACCGCCGGCAGUACCGCCAGAUCCUCUUCAGGGCUGACGACCGCAUCAACAGCUGCAUCGGAGGAGUCAUCUUCUUCCAUGAGACGCUGUACCAGCACGCUGACGACGGCACGCCCUUCGUCAAGAUGAUCAAGGACAGGGGCAUCACUGUGGGCAUCAAGGUACUGUAUGGGCACAGGGGUCUAAAGGGCUAAUGGUGAUAUCUGAAGUAUGUUUUAUGUCUCUGGUCUCUAGAUUGGGCAAGAAUACCUCUUGACCCUUCUUCUACUGUAUAUAACAUUAGUGAGGGAAGGAAUGAGAAUGUGGAGCAUAUGGCUACUUGAUAUGCUCCAAUAGACAGUCCCAGGAAGGGAGCAGGUUUCAACAUUAUGGAGGCCAAAAGGUAGCAUCGAUACACUCUGAUCAGAAGUUCUACUCCUGAUGGAUGGCAGUGCUAUGGGUAUAAUGGCUGCUAUUAAUAUCAACACCACCUGGAUGAAAAUGAGCUGGCUUUAAGACAUGGAGAAGAUCAGUGUGAAGUGGAGGAAGGACUGUUGUCAUUUUUAUUUUUGAUCUGCUCUACCUCUUUUUCUUCAGGUUGACAAGGGUGUUGUCCCCUUGGCAGGAACCAAUGGAGAAUCUACCACUCAGGGUAGGGCUGAGACCCCUCGGGUUCCACUCAAUCUGAUCAACAAAACUAGCUGAAUUCGACAGUUACAAAAUGUAGUCUGCCACUCACUGGUGAAUCCCAAUACUUUACAGCUUUGUUCAUCUCUUUCUCAUCCUAUAGGACUGGAUGGGCUCUCAGAACGCUGUGCUCAAUAUAAGAAGGACGGGGCAAACUUUGCUAAGUGGCGAUGUGUGUUCAAGAUCAGUGAGACCACUCCCUCUAAACUGUCCAUUGAAGUGAAUGCAAAUGUCCUGGCUCGAUAUUCAAGCAUUUGCCAGCAGGUAAGGACUCCACAAAUGCAGUGUAAAGGCACAAUGUCAGGUAUGAGGAAAUAUCAUAAUUGCAAUUUGUAACAUCAGCAUCACCUUCUAAUCAUCCUUUUUCUGUCACCCAGCAUGGGAUUGUGCCUAUUGUGGAGCCAGAGAUUUUGCCUGAUGGAGAUCAUGAUCUGAGGCGUUGUCAGUACGUCACAGAGAAGGUGGGACCUUACCCCAACUCUUAACCUGUUAGUGUGUAAUAUGUAUUUCUAACAUGGGCAGUUUAUCAUGUUCCAUGUGUUCCCCAUGUUGUGCAGGUGCUAGCUGCAUUGUACAAGGCCAUGUCUGACCAUCAUGUGUACCUGGAGGGCACUUUGCUCAAGCCCAAUAUGGCCACUUCUGGCCACAGCUGCCCCACCAAAUACAGCGCAGAGGAGGUCGCCAUGGCAACAGUCACUGCCUUGCGCCGCACCGUCCCUCCUGCUGUCACGGGUAAGGUCAUAGGCCAUUAGCCAGUUAUAUUGCCUCUCACUCUCAGAGAAGCUCAGAAAGAGGGUAUAUACAGUACUAGUGUCAGAUUCAGUCACUAUACCAGUGAUUUAGCAUUAUGAACAUAUGUUCAUUUAUUGGCAGUUUGUAAAGCACUUAUGGUGCUGAUAGAAAUCCAUUCACUGUUCACUCUAUUUGAUUUCUAUGUGUGCAGGAGUGACGUUCCUCUCUGGGGGUCAGAGUGAAGAGGAGGCCUCUGUCCACCUGAAUGCCAUCAACAACUGCUCCCUGGUGAAGCCCUGGGCCCUCACCUUCUCGUAUGGCCGAGCCCUGCAGGUCUCCGCACUCAAAACCUGGCGUGGACAUAAAGAGAAUGAGAGUGCUGCCACUGAGCAGUUUAUCAAGCGAGCAGAGGCAUGUACAUCACUUUGUUUUCAGCCUCUUGAUCAACCUGGCUUUCAUCUUUUAGCACUUAGCGUUGUUGAGAAACAUGUUUAUUCUGAUUUUUUUUCACAUAUAAAACUGGACAUUGCUAUUUUGAGCAUUUCACCAUUUUCCAAAUGUGGAACGGUCAUCUGAGGAAGUGAUCUAUGUUUUCAGUUGACAUGAAGGGAGUAUGCCCCUAACAGCGUUUGUGUGUUUUUCCCUCAUAUCCCCAUCCCCUUUCUCUCACUAUCAGGUGAAUGGCCUGGCCUGUCAGGGGAAGUACACUGGUGGCGGGGACAGUGAAUCCGACCAGAUCUAUGUGGCCAGUCAUGCAUACUAAUGAGCCAGUGAUGCCUCACAUUCCAGCUUUGGCCAACCAAUAGCAUAGUCCGCUGCCACUGCCAUACCAAUGGCCAAUCGCAGGCAUAUGCUGUCUACAAUCUGUAUUCUAGGAGUUAUAGUAUCGUUAUCUGAGUAUACACACUGGUAUUUCAAAAAUGUUGCACAUUGCUGGACACACUAGAUAGAAGGGUCUAAUGAAAUUAGUAAUUGAAGGAUGUCCUUUGAUUAGACACUUUCAACAAUAUUAUUGUAACCUUUGAGAUGACAACAUGUUAUUGUGGUAGUAGCAAAACUAAACCUAAUUGAUGUUCGGUUGUUUAAUUAUUUAUUUUGAUGAGAUUCAGAAUGAUCUUUUGCCAUGCAAAGCCACUUUCCAAACUGCUGCACACAGAUAGGGUGCAUGGUAUAGGCCUAUUGUGUGUGACGAGAAUAGAGAACUCUAGGUUUUUUUAAGAGACCUUAGUGCCAUUCCACAUUCAGGAUAUGUAUUGGAGAUGUGUGUCUAAACAAAAUAGCUGUGAACAUACUAGUUUGUAGAAAUAGUGUGUUCUUCUAUCAUAGUGGCAGAAAGUUCAAAGGCUUCUCGUUUUGGACAGCUGGACUUACAGUAAAUCAUGUUAGGUGGAAAAAUGCUAUUUUUGUGAUUUAGCUAAGUAUUGUUCUCUAUGCAACUGAUGUAUAAAAUACUGUAGUGCAAAAGUAAAUCAUAAUAACAAUAAAUUGUGUUGAGUUGAAACAAUC